AUGAACAAGCUGUACAUUGGCAACCUGCCCAUAGAAGCCGACGAGGCAGCCGUACGCCAGCUUUUCGCGGAGCACAACUUGACCGUUGCCGAUAUUUCCGUGAAGCGUGGGGGCUAUGCCUUCGUCGACUUUCCUGACCAGUCCGCAGCCGAUCGCGCCAUCGAUAAGUUACACGGAUACUCAUACUGUGGCCUCCCUCUGAUCAUCGAACCCUCUGUCGCCAACAAGAAAGUUGUGAACACGCCAAACUUGCAGAGCGCCAGCGCCACCCAGCUCAAGGAAUCCAGCAAUGAUUCCUCCGGAGGCACCUGGAGGUAA